AUGCGAAGAGUUCCUGGACACAAAGCUUCCAGACACCUCGGAGAAGAGCCGGGUUCUCCCGAUUCCCGCAGAGAAACCCGGGGCUCGGCCAGCGGCGGGCCAACACGCCAGCCCGAGCCAAGGCGGGGGCGCAGCUUCCCCGCUGGAGCACGCGGGAGCACAGAAGCACCGGGCGACCGAGCCCCGCCGACGGCCAGGACCCAGACGCCGAGCUCCUGGGCCGCACCAGCGUCCCCGCCGCCGGCCGCCGUCCCUUCACCGCCGCCGAGCUGGAUGCAUGUCCAGGGCUCGCGCUCAGCCCCCACCAGCAAGAACGCCGGGCUCCCCUGGGCCCCGGCGCCCGGACUGCGGCGGCCUGGCAAGGCUCUUUGUUACCAGCUGCCACGGCUUCCGGGAGCGGGGCCGGCUGUCGGGGAGCACCGCGAGUCGGGCGACGGGGGGAGGGGGGCGCGAUCUCGGGCAGGGGGACUCGUGAACACCGCAGAACGACAGCACCAGGUGCCCUUUCCGGUUAGCCCUACAGCCCCCCCACCAGCCAAUAGGGGGGACCUUCCACGCAGUUCGUCGCGCCUGAAUGAACUCAACUCUGCGCCGCCCGCGCAGGCCGUUCCUUCCCGAAAGCCGGGGAAGGGUCCUGAUGUGGGAACAAAUUUUGUUUUUCAAAUUUCCUGGGAAAACGAGGAAAUUCUCUACCAGCUAGAUGUGAAUUGGCCGAAAUAUUCAGAAUAUUUCACCGGAGCAACUUUCUGUGUUGCCGUGGACUCCCUGAACGGAUUGGUUUAUGUUGGCCAAAGAGGCGAUAACAUCCAGAAAGUACUCGUGUUCACAGAGGAGGGCUAUUUUCUAAGGUCCUGGAAUCAUACGGUCGACAUGCCUCAUGGUAUCUUUGCAGCCAGUACACUGAAUGAACAGUCUGUUUGGAUCACGGAUGUAGGAAGCGGAUCCUAUGGUCACACUGUCAAAAAAUAUAAUUCACUUGGCGAUCUUGUUCAAGUCUUGGGUACCCCAGGCAAAAAAGGCAGUGGUUUGAAUCCCCUUCAGUUUGAUAACCCUGCAGAAUUAUUUGUAGAGGACACAGGAGAUAUGUACAUUGUGGAUGGAGACGGAGGAUUGAAUAACAGAUUGAUCAAGUUGUCCCAAGAUUUCAUGAUGCUUUGGCUGCGUGGAGAGAAUGGAACGGAGCCUACCAAGUUCAACAUACCUCACAGUGUCACAGUUGAUUUAGCUGGUCGGGUGUGGGUUGCUGACCGAGGAAAUAAGAGAAUUCAGAUGUUUGACAAAGUCACUGGGGAGUGGCUAGGAGCUUGGACAAAUUGUUUCACAGAAGAGGGACCAUCUUCAGUAAGAUUCACUCCUGAUGGAAAAUUCUUGGUUAUAGCCCAGCUGAAUCUUAGCAGACUCUUGUUUGUGGCAGCACCACCGGUGGGGAGCAUUGGCAAUUGCUCUGUGAUCAGCACAAUCCAACUAGCAGAUCAAGUCUUGCCUCAUCUCUUAGAUGUCAGUGGGAAGACGGGAGCCAUCUACGUAGCGGAAAUUGGAGCAAAACAAGUACAAAAAUACGUUCCUUCCAAAAGCUAUUUUUCUUUACUUGUUUCAUAAUGUCCUUCAGAGUGAAGGUUCAUGUUUUCAAAUGUACUUAGUUUUCUUU